AUGCCGCGGACGUCACAGAUGCCCCAGGUGAUGCGGAUGCCGCAGAUGGCCAAUAUGACACAGCUGUUUCCGAUGAACCAGAUGUCACCAUUGCCACCACAGCAGCAGAGGCCGCAAAUGCCACACAUGCGUCAGAUAUCUCACUUGCCGCAGACACCACAGGGAGCACAGAUGCAACAAGGAGCACAGAUGCAACGGGGAGCGCAGAUGCACCAGGGAGCGCAGAUGCAAUAUGCGUCAACGCCGACGCCGAUGAUGAUGGGGAACCCGAUGACGACGCCACAUCACCCGCAGACAGCACAGACAGCGCAGACAGCAGGCUGGAAGAAAAAGAAGCGGAACAAGAACAACAAAAAGUGGUUCAACAAGAAGAGGCACCACCCGUACAAGAAAGAGGACCAGGAUGACGAUGCCUCUGCCGCUGCGAAGGCGUCGACGGCGGCGGUCGACGCCGUGCAGUAG